AUGGCGUCCAAGACAUGGCAAGAGAUUGCGCGAGCAGCUCGAGAGCAUCGAGACCAGUCACUCGCUGAGGUGAAGCCUCCAUUGCCCGAGAUCCGGUCGGAAGAUCUGCCACUGAAUGUGACGGCGAUUCCAUGGAAACAUCUCUCGUCGUUCGAGAUCGAGCUCACAGAGACCAGCCCGGAGAAACUGGUCCAGUCGCUCGCAUCUGGCAAGCUAACAAGUACAGAAGUGACCAAUGCCUUUCUCCGCCGCGCAGGGAUUGCUCAAAAACUGACGAAUUGCAUCACCGAGCUUCUCCCCUCCCGCGCCCUCGCCCGCGCCGCAUACCUAGACUCCUACCUCUCCAUCCACAAGACCCCCGUCGGACCCCUCCACGGCCUGCCCAUCAGCGUCAAAGAACAUGCCGGCAUGCAAGGGCUCGGACAGAACGCGGGGUUCGUGUCGUGGUGGGACCGCACCGCACCGGAAGAUGCGCAUUCCCUCCAGCUACUCUGGAACGCCGGUUGUGUUUUCUACGCUCGCACCACGCAGCCACAGACGCUGAUGCAUCUGGAGACGUCGAACAAUUUUUACGGCGAGACUGUGAAUCCGUACAAUAGAAGCCUGACUUCUGGAGGCAGCUCAGGCGGUGAAGGCGCUCUGCUGGGAAUGCGAGGCAGCUGUCUGGGAAUUGGGUCGGAUAUUGGGGGUAGUAUUCGCUCCCCAGCCGCGAAUAAUGGGGUCUAUGGACUCAGGCCGACAAGUGGGAGGUUACCGCUUUCGGGAUUCGCAGCGACGAUGAUGGGCCAGGAGCAUGUUUUGCCCGUGAUGGGGCCGUUGAGCACAACGCUGGAGGGUUGUAAGUUGUUUAUGAGGACGAUUAUUGAUCAAAAGCCAUGGUUGAAAGAGCCGAGUUUGGUGCCCGUUCCUUGGCGAACGAAUGAUCAGGCGAGAUUUGGUGCGAAGAAUGGCAAGAAAACGUUGAAGGUUGGGGUCCUGUGGAACGAUGGAGUAGUGAAGCCACAUCCUCCAAUCACAAGGGCACUCAAAGAAGUCGUGGAGAAACUGAACACCGUACCUGACAUCGAGAUCGUCGACUGGAAACCAUACAAGCACGAUCUGGCCUGGGAGAUUAUCGCAUCCCUCUACUUCGCAGACGGCGCCAAAGAAGUGAAAGAAGCAAUAGCAGCCAGCGGCGAGCCAUGGAGGCCCCUCUCCCAUUUCAUCAUCACGGAGAACAAGUAUUGCAAGGAGCUGACUGUGCCGGAAGUAUGGAAUCUGACAUUACAACGGGAAAAGUACCGGGUGGAGUAUGCUCAGCUGUGGAACGAGACGGCUGUCGAUGGUGAUCCAGACACGGUUGUUGAUGUCAUUCUCUGUCCGGUCGGUCCUGGAGCAGCGCCACCACUAGAUCAUGCACGAUAUUGGGGGUACACGGCACAGUGGAAUCUACUCGAUUAUCCCGCUUUGGUAUUUCCUGUCUCGACGGUUGAUCAGGACAAAGACGUUGUUGAGAGGGACUAUGACCCGAUGAACGACCAGGAUAGAUGGAAUUACGAGCUUUAUGCACUGGACAAAUAUGUGGACGCCCCCGUUUCACUGCAGCUGGUUGGGAGACGGUUCGAUGAUGAAAAGGUCAUUGAAGCAUUGGAAUUUAUCAAAGAAACAGCCCAGAUCUGA